ACCUCAACGUAUUUUCUCCCUUGGGUCUGUUUCCCACAGCACAUGUGUUCCCAGUGUGUUGGGUGUGUAGCAGAUGUGUGGUAAGGAUUGACACAAACCAUGACUGGAGUAGGGCCGAUAGCGCGCGUGUGUCUGUGGACGAAUUACGUCAUUAUCGUGUGUCUGAUGACGCGGUCGUCUGCUGGCCGUGACCUUGAGGUGCAGACACACGGAGACAGGAGCUGGAUACCCCUGGAUUAUAACUACGACACAGAUGAUGAGAUUGAGAACGAGAUCCCAUGUGCCGACCCCAGCCCGAUCCCUAACGGAGAAACUAUUGUGUGGGGCGAUAGACUUCUGCUGGAGUACAGGUGCAAGCAGGGCUACACACCUGUCGGCAUAACACACGGUGCCUGUGACCUGAGCACGGGCAAGUGGACAAUUGACCCCCCAGUCUGUACAGAUUCUGGCUGCCCUGAGUUGACACCCCCAAAACAUGGCGUGGUCAACAUAGACAGCAGUGGGGGUCUGGCCACCAUUGUAUGUAGGCCCGGCUACUUCUUGUUAGGGGACUCAACUCUUGUAUGUGAAGAGAGCAAGUGGAAGGGAAGCUACCCUGUCUGUGCAGUUACGACCAAGCCAAACGACAAGACCAAGUCUCGACCUGGAGAAAACACGGUCAUCAAAAGGUCACCGGGCAUGGGGAACUCACUCGACGACUCGGAUGAGACCUGCUUCUAUAAUCAUAUUGUCCCCCCAGAGAUCGAGCACGCAGUUGUCGAGACCAGCUACGUCCUGAACGAGAUACGUCAUCGUUACGUCAUGGUGGCCACCUACACGUGCAUGGGUGGCUUCAAGCUACGUAACAGGACCAACAACCAGCUCUUCUGUAAGGCGGAGAUCUGGAGCGCUCCCGGCUUUCCUGAGUGUAUUGCCGAUGACGACCCCUGUGAGGUGGACAACGGGGGGUGCCAGCACUACUGCACCCCUCAAGGGGACCACAAACACGCCUGCUCCUGUUAUGGCGGCUACAACUUGGCCAGUGAUGGGAAGGCCUGUCGAGGUAAGGACACGCCCAUCGGUUGUUGUAAGACACGCCCACCUGGGG